AUGUCACCCACAACCACCUCGUCCUCUUCCUCCCCCUCUCCCUUCGUCACCGCUGCUCUUGGACUCUCAACUCCGAGUUUGCAUUUCAACUUUGACUGGGCAGAUGAUGUGGAAGAUGAGCUGCAAACUCAGCAGCCAUCUGGACGGGGUCUUUGUCACAGCUUCAACGAUCAUGCUCCCCCCGUCUCUGCGCAGGAUUAUGAUGAAAGCCUUUGCAACGACUUGGCCGAUUCCGCAUACGAUACAUGUGGAAACUCAUCGCGAAGUGAGAGCAAGGUGAACAUUGAUGACCUCACUUGUGAGGGAGGACUCAACGAACGACGCUUCACCAGCACCUCGAUGACUGAACAAGUCACGCCUCUGGACCGACUGCAUCAGGGACUGGCUGCCGAAUUCUGGGGUCGUCAGCAUGCGGUUGCUGUUGACAUCGAAAUUCACCACUUCAACUGGCUGGGCCACCCAGUCAACCAGGCCAGUGGCACGGCACCCACUGAUAGCCUGGCUAUCAUUCGUUGCGGCCCAAAGAGUAUGCUCAAGCGGGCCUCUCCCUUCCUUGACCCCGUCGUUGUGAGCUUGGAGAAGAGUUCCGACUCGUCAAGUCAUCGGGACUUGAACCAGACCCACGCUCUCCGAGGCCAUGUGUCCAAGUUCUACACGGCACACGGCACCUGGUUCACACAGCCAUCACCUCUGGACGCUGGCCUGAUCACACUAGAUACAGGUAGCGUGGCUAUUUACCAGAGCCCUCACCUGGCCGUGGGCAAUGGCUUCGUUGAAUCGAGCCUAAUUCCCAGCCGAGCAGACUGGUCUGACCAGUACCAGGAGAAGCAGGUCGCUCUCGGUAGUUCACCGUGGUGUCGAAACCGUCAGCGCCUGCCACCCUCCAGUCUGCGGCAAGCAACUUUGCCUGGUGACCCAGAAUUGAUAGCCCCUGAGCCAGAUUUGUCGUCGGUGACCUAA